UCGUUAAAUAAACACAAUGCUCCUUCAAACUAUAAACAACUCUUCUCCCCUCUCCUCUAUAUAUAGCCGGUUAAGCCCAACCUCAAUUUGCUGCCACCUACAUAAAAAACAUUUCUUUUUCUAAAACCAAACCAAGUCAAAUUUGAGUGUAUUUCAAUGGCUGAAGGUAUCCUUUUGGUAGUGACACUAGUUAUUGGUUUUGUUGGAUUUGUAUUUGGCAUAGUUUUGAAUCAUUUUUGGCCUUUGUUCAUCAAUAUUAAGCUUGGUCAUGUUCCGAAGGGCACUUUUGGAUGGCCUUUACUAGGAGAAACCCUUUCCUUUUUAAAGCCUCACCCUUCUAAUUCAAUUGGGAAUUUUCUACAAGAACAUUGCUCUAGGUAUGGGAAAGUGUUCAAAUCCCAUUUGUUUUUCUCUCCAACAGUGGUUUCUUGUGACCAGGACCUUAAUUACUUCAUACUACAAAAUGAAGAUAAGUUAUUUCAGUGCAGCUACCCAAAACCAAUCCAUGGUAUUCUUGGCAAAGUUUCAUUGCUUGUGGCUGUUGGUGACACACACAAAAGGCUUAGGAAUGUUUCCUUAUCACUCAUCAGCACCAUCAAAUCUAAACCUGAGUUUAUUAAUGAUGUUGAAAAAUCAGCCAUUCAAAUUCUUCAGUCUUGGAAAAAUAAAAAACAAGUCAGCUUCUGGGAGGAGUCAAGGAAGUUUUCAUUCAAUGUGAUAGUGAAGCAAGUUCUUGGAUUAACUCCAGAAGAUCCACAAAGUGCAACAAUUCUACAAGAUUUUCUGGCAUUUAUGAGAGGGCUAAUUUCUUUACCACUCUACAUACCUGGAACUCCAUAUGCAAGAGCCGUGCAGGCUAGAAGUAGAAUAUCUUCUACUGUCAAAGCAAUUAUAGAGGAAAGAAGAAGAAGGAAUGAUGGUGGAAGCUGCUGUAGUGAUGAUAGUAAAAGGAAUGAUUUUCUUGAGAUACUUCUUUGUGUUGAUACCUUAUCUGAAGAUGAAAAAGUUAGCUUUGUUCUAGAUUCUUUACUAGGUGGUUACGAGACCACUUCGUUACUAAUGGCAAUGGUUGUAUUUUUUGUUGGUCAAUCACAAGUUGCUCUUGAUCAACUCAAGGUAGAGCAUCAUAACGUACGAAGCAUGAAGAAAAAGAAAGAGUUAUUGAAUUGGGAAGAUUACAAGAAGAUGGACUUCACUCAAAAGGUAAUAAAUGAAGCUCUCAGAUAUGGGAAUGUUGUCAAAUUUGUGCACCGAAAGGCCCUUAAAGAUGUCAAAUUUAGAGAUUAUGUGAUUCCAGCGGGUUGGAAGGUCCUACCAGUAUUCAGUGCAGUUCACUUGGACCCAUCAGUUCAUGCAAAUGCCCUCCAGUUUAAUCCUUGGAGAUGGGAGAGCGAUGAGCAAAUAUGCAAGAAACUGACUCCUUUUGGGGGAGGGUCAAGGUGUUGCCCUGGAUUUGAACUUGCAAAGGUUGAGGUAGCAUUUUUCCUCCACCACCUCGUACAAAAGUACAGAUGGGAUGUGGAAGAAGGAGAACAACCCAUUGCAUAUCCAUAUGUGGAGUUUCAAAGGGGAUUAACAAUCAGACUGCAUCAAAUUUCUACCUAGGCCUACAAUAAUUUGAGUGUGGUCAUGGGAUGGGAUCCAUUGGCUUUAGGCACAUUGUGCUGAAAAUUCCAAUAACAACAUCAAAAUCAGGAGGUCCAAUGCUAUGUCACUCGUAUACUGUAGACUAUGAAAAUCUCUUCCUUCACAUAUCUGUUUUGCCCUCAUCGUACAGAAAGAAAGCAAGAUUUCCUUUUUUCUCUUUAUUGUAUUAUGAUCGUUAUACAUAAUUCCACGCUGCAGUUUUCCAAUGAA